AUGUUCGCCCUCUCGCCCUGGCGCGGCGCGCCCGGCAAGCAGCCAAAGACGUUCAGCGCCCAAAACUCGAUGCCCAGGCUGCCCGUGCCCCCGCUCGAGCAGACCUUUGACAAGUACGUCAAGUCCAUCUCGCCCUUCCUCCGCCAGCAGCACCAGCGCGGCGAGCUCAGCGGCUCCACCCCGGAACAGGAGCUCGAGAAGCGCAAGGGCUGGGUCCGCGAAUUCCUAAAGGACGGCGGCCUCGGACACAGGCUCCAGCAGAGGCUCAUCGACGUCGACCGCACCACCGACAACAACUGGCUCGACGACCGCUACUGGCUCCAGAAGGCCUACCACGAGUGGCGCGUCCCCCUCCUCGUCAACAGCAACUGGUGGCUUAUGUUCACAAACGACCCCAACACGCCAAAGGAGAUCGCAGAGCACCCCGGACACCCGCUCCAACACGGCAAGCUCGGCCUGGGCGGGCAACACUGGGACGACGCCGCCUGGGGCGUCCGCAGGGCCGCGUGGCUCACCUGGCGCUUCCUAGAGUUCAAGAGGAGGCUCGACUCCGAAGACAUCAUGCCCGAUGCUUCCAGAGCAGGUCCGUUUUGCAUGCACCAGUACACGCGGCUGUACGGCGUGACCCGCAUCCCCUCGCUGCCCCACGACUGGAACACGGCCACGCCGCACCCUGCGCCCGCGCGCCACAUCACCGUCAUCGUCCGCGACAACUAUUACGAGCUCGAGGUGCUCCGCAAGGACGGCAGCAUCCUCGGCGCCGACACCAUCGAAAAGGCGUUCUGGGACAUUGUCGAGGAUGCCAAGAAGGGCGACGGGGCCGGAGUCGGCGUGCUCAGCUCCGACAGCCGGGACACCUGGACGCACACCCGGGAGCACCUGCUGACCCUCGCGCCCGUCAACCGCGCCUCCAUCAACUCGAUCGAGGACAGCCUGUUUUCGGUCGCGCUUGACUCGAGCGUGCUCCCCCUCGCCGAAGGCCACCCUGCGCCCCCGCACAGCGCCACCCCGGUGUGGGUUGAUGCGCUGGCCCGCAACGUCAGCGGAGCGGGGCGCGCCGGACACAACCGUUGGUUUGACAAGGCCCUCACCAUUACCGUCGAGCCGAACGGCAGGGCGGGCAUCAUGGGCGAGCACUCGCCCUGCGAUGCCCUGAUCCCGAGCAUCAUCUGCGACUUUGCUGCCGCUGAGCCGUGCCCUCCGCCGGGCAGCGAGGUGCCGGCGGCGCAGAGCUCUCCGGGCGAGAGCGCCGGUUGGAAGAAGCUCGAGUGGCAGGUCGACCAGCAGACGCAGGCGUCGAUUGCCAAGUCGGAGGCGGCGGCGCAGCAGCUCAUCUCCGAGUCGGACAUCCGCAUGCUGUGGUUUGACGAGUACGGUGCCGAGUGGAUCAAGAAGUACGGCAAGCAGAGCCCGGACGCCUACCUGCAGAUGGCGCUGCAGCUGGCCUACGCCAAGGUGCACGGCAAGCAGACGUCGACCUACGAGACGGCGUCGACGCGCCUCUUCAAGCACGGCCGCACCGACGUGAUCCGCAGCUUCAGCGACGAGGCGUACGACUUUGUGCGCGCGAUGCUCGAGGGCAAGGACGCGCAGACGUCGUUUGCGCUGCUGAGCGCGGCGACCAAGGCGCACAACACGCAGACCAAGGAGAGCUCGAUGGGCAAGGGCAUCGACCGCCACAUGACGGGCCUGCGGCUCGUCUACCGCGCCGACGACGACGGCGAGGUGCCCGCCAUCUUUUCCGACCCGCUCUUUGCCGAGUCGCAGUCGUGGAGGCUGAGCACGAGCGGACUGAGCGCGGGCGACCGCUUCGCCGGCACCGGUUUUGGCACCGGCUACCCGACCGAGUCGUACGGCAUCAAUUACCUUGCGGGCGGCAAGCUGCUCAAGUUUGGCAUCGAGUCCAAGAACGGCGCGACGACCCUGUUUGCGCAAAAGGUGGCCGAGGCGCUGCGCGACAUGCGCGCCGUCUGCGAAAAGGCGGCCCCCGUCGAGGCCGAGGCGGCGCGUCUCUGA